UGUUUCCGUCAUGGCGGCCUGCAUGUCGGGUUACACUUUUACUUCUGUGUGUUAUCACAGCGCCAACAGCGACUCCGACCACGAAGGCUUUCUGCUGGGAGAAGUACGGCAAGAAGAGACUUUCAGCAUCAGCGACUCCCAGAUCAGCAACACAGAAUUUGUCCAGGUUGUAGAAGUCCAUAAUCAUAAGCCAUGUUCACACCUCUUUAGCUUUUAUGACUACUCAGGUAACGUGAAUGAGGAUAGUCUCAACAGAAUUCUCAGAGAGAGAAGGAAAAACGUCAUCGGCUGGUACCGCUUUCGGAGGAACACACAGCAGCAGAUGUCCUUCAGGGAACAGCUUGUCCAUCGGCAGCUGACACGAGUCCUGGGUGUGCCCGAUUUAGUCUUCCUUCUCUUCAGCUUCAUUUCCACGACCAACAACUCCACUCAUGCGCUUGAGUAUGUGCUCUUCCGGCCAAACCAGAGCAGGUAUAAUCAGAGGGUUUCGCUCUCCAUCCCAAACCUGGGCAACACCAGCCAGCAGGAGUACAAGGUGUCCUCUGUGCCCAACACCUCCUGGAACUAUGCUAAAGUCAUCCAGGAGAACGGAGCCGAGUUCUUCGACAAGGACGGUGUGAUGAAGGACAUUAGAACAAUCUUCCAAGUUUACAGUGCACUACAAGACAAAGUUCAAGCUGUGUGCGGGGAGGUGGAACAGAGUGAACGCAUUAAGGAGAAAAUUCAGGAGGAUGUAAACAACCUCAAGAAACAAAUAAUUCUCAGGAAACACAAGGCUGCCGAGGCAGAGAAGAGGCGGCAGGAAGUGGUGUCAGCAGCCAUGAUGAGGUCAGCUCCUGUAGAGGACUCGCAACCCUCAGUGGCCUCUCGCGUUGCAGCUCGCAGCCCGUCGCCGGAGCAACCUGCUGCCUCGGACCUCCCACCCUCAUAUGCAGAUGUUUUGGCCGGGAAUUUGCCGAAGCCCAGUGCGGCUCUACUGCCUCGUCCACGGGCUGUGGGCUCCUCGGGUCAGCCUACACCGACCCCAGGUCCUGUCCCCGCUCCCACCUCCACCUACUCUGGGAACGGGGAUGGCUCUGAGUCUUUGGACAGCUCCAGACUACUGGACAGGUGGGCCACGGGACGUGAAGACAGGGAAGGAGAGGAGGAGGAGCGAGAAAGAGAGGGUGAUGUUGGCGAAGAUGAUGGGGACAGCAGCGACUAUGAGAACCUGGUGCCAGAGUCUCCCGAAGGCAACAGUCCCUCACUGGCCCAGAGUGCCCUCACUGCUCCGGUACCUGAGGGUGACGGUUGCAGUUCCCAGCCCUCCCUGAUCUGAGCAUCGGUCUGGAACUAGAGAUGUCUAAAUUAAUGUGAAAGCAAGGAGAAGUGGUACAUCUCCCAUACGGAGGCUGUGAAAAUAAAAGGUGGUCCUGCUCUUUGCUUUAUUGUCUUAAUGGUUGCUCCGGCAAAGUGGCUGGGGUCCGUUCCCUGACCUCUGGGUUUUCGGCAUGGGAAUGGAUUCCCUUUGCUAACAGGGAUUUUUUUUUUUUCCUUCUUUUCACAUAGGCAAAACAUCGCUCUUCCAGUAGUCCACUUCUGAUCUGCUAGCCGAUAUCGUCUUUUGCAUUUGUUUAGCACAAAAGGACUCGCAAAACUCUGAGUGGAUCGGUCAGGUUAUCGAUUGAACCAUUACCUCUUGCACUACUUUGCCUUGUUUUGCCAUUUUCUGAAAAGGGAAGUGAAUUUUCUGCAGCCUUCAGAAGUCUUUUCAUUUGCUGCGCCAAAUUGGUGGUCACCUCGUGAUGUUUUGCAAGCACAUACGAACAAAUGUUAUAUAUACUUAUAAUAUUUUCUGUUGGCUUGCAUGUAUCUCACGCAGAGUUUAUUUCCUUUAACAAUCACGUCUUCGAAUAGUUGCAAGUUUUCUAUUUAACAAAGAACAUAAGUUUUAAAAUCUCCCUACAAAGGGGGUAUGCGUUUUAUUUUUUUGACAAUGAUGUAAAAGUAUUCCCUAUGCUAAAACAACACUGACAUUGUGUGCUAUGUUGUUCACUUCUUUUUGGACAUUGUGCUUUAAUAGCUAUUUCACUGUGCCAUUAACAAAUGUCAUCACUUUUCUUGGAGCAGCCAGUGUCAAUUGGUGGGACUUAGAACAUAUCCCAGCCUUUAAUUGAUAAGAUCUUGCCAACAGUCUCUUAAGUGUUGGAAGCAAGAGCUUAUUGAUAAAACACCUCUCCUCUGCUUGCACAACUGCUACUGUCGACUGCCGUGACCGCCACUACUCUGUAAGGGCCUGUCUUUCACUGGGACUUUAUUUUAUGUAUGAAAAGCACUGGAAAAUGCCAAGCUGGGUGUUCGGAAUGGGUAGCGCUACCGGCUGUCUUGUCUCUCUCUCUCACGCACACACGCACUUCAUGCGUUCAGGAGACCUUCAGAAAAACAUAGAGGCAGGGAAAAGCAAAUGAGCUUACGUAGCCUUGGCGCCUUGCAUUUGUAGAGUUACUCCUCCACCAGGUGACCAAGGACAAGGGGUCAGAUGCCAGAGGGGGUUUGCGUUCUUAGGGCCUCACAGGCACUGGCUUCGCGGGACAGCGUCCACCAAGAGCCAAAACUGCUGUGCCCGUUGACGUCUACUUGAAUUUCACAACCAUGUAGGUGAGAUGAUUCUCAAGAGAUGUGGUGCACCUUACUGUACCACUUCAACAUGUGAAUUAAAUGCAGCUGUACUUCUUGAGGCAUAGCUACAGAACGAAUUGCCAUUUUAUUUUUAAAUACUAAGUUAUAUGAUUGGAAGGAUGCUUAAACGCUUACCUCAGCAAUCCCCCCCUGCCCCCCACUGAAAACCUGUGAUCUCGCAGUCUUAAUCUUUUUUUUUUUUUUUUUUUUUUUUUGUUGCUGCCCUGAAUGUAAAACUGUCAUAGUUUUGACAUAAAUAUUUUAAUAAUGGGAAUUCGGCAAUCUUUUGAUUUGAUAACAGGGAUUCUGUGCACAUGCAAAUUCAGUGACGUACAGGAAAUGUGGCUGUAUUUGUUCCUGUUUUUUUAUUCCCUUAAUGACACAUUAAUUCAUUGAAUUCUGAAUUAAAUGGAGUGGUCCAGGUGCUCUCCUGGUUGCUCCCGUAAUGCUUUCUGCCCACUUGGCACCAUCUCUCAGAUGUUUGUGUCUCCCACAAAGGCCUUGCUUUAUUCCCAAGCACAGAAUGACAAAGGCUGUUCAUAUGGAGGUUUACACCGAGGCCGCUUGUGACUAUAGAAAUGCUGGCUGCAGUGAAUACUGGAAUUUGUUUUCCACUGAUUAUUAUACUUCUCUCAAAAAUUGUAUGGGGUAAUAAAAUGUGAU